AAGCGUCGAAUGAAACUAAUAUUCAUGAGCCAAACCUUCAUUGGUCGGCUCUCUGCCUUGCAGCCAAUCAGUAGGGCGUACGUCGUUGUACGUAAUUAAUAUUCAAAAGGCACACCUUUACCAUAGUAGUAUUCGUAAUUUUGUUAUGAAGCGGACCGUGAUGGAUGCUAAAGCCGUGCUUAUUAAUACAGUGAACGUUUUCAAAAACCAAGGUGUCUUACAGCAUAUCUGUGCUUGUGAAUUGAUCUGAACUCCGUCUGUAGACCGCAGCGACUGUGAGCGGGAUCUUCUCCAGCGGUGAGAGCUGAUCUGAGCCUACUUUGAACCUACAUCUGAAGCUCACAUCAGUUUCUCAUCCUGCUGUACGAUUAAACCACACAAUGCCUUUGAACCCGAGUCGCUCCAGAGCAAAGGAUCGCAGUGGCAGCAGCAGUGUUCUGGGCUGGCCCGAGUUUCUGUCCCUGAACGUCCCGCCGCGAAAUAGCAGAGCGUGGAGAAGAUCCGGCCAGUCCAGGUCCCAGCAGAACCAGCAGAGCGAGAACCCACCAGAGCCGGGCGAGAGUGUGAAGGAGCGCAGAGAGGCGACCAGGCUGCCGGAUGAAGACUGCAUGCUGCUCAACCCGUCCUUCAGAGGAAUCGCCAUCAACUCACUGCUGGCCAUCGACAUCUGUCUGUCCAAGCGUCUGGGUGUGUGCGUACACACCACAUCCUCAUGGGGCAGCAUACGCUCGGCGGUCACUCUGCUAGCUCUGACGGGUCACGGCAUCACGUGGAUCUGUGGGACUCUGGUGUGUCUCACUCAGAGUAACACGCUGGCUGGACAAGAGGUCCUGAUCAACCUGCUGAUAGCGCUGAUUCUUGAUGUCCUGACUGUGGCUGGGGUUCAGAAACUGGUCAGGCGCAAAGGACCAUGGGACAUAAGUCCCGGCUUUCUGGACUGUGUGGCUCUGGACACGUACUCGUUCCCGGCUGCACACGCCAGCAGAGCGGCCAUGGUGUCCAAGUUCCUCUUGUCCCAUCUGGUGCUGGCCGUCCCGCUACGGGUCCUGCUGGUGCUGUGGGCCGUCCUGGUAGGUCUGUCCCGCGUUCUGCUGGGCCAACACCACCUGACGGACAUGGCGUGCGGCUUCGCUCUGGGCUUCCUUCACUUCAGUCUGAUGGAGACGGUUUGGCUGUCUUCUGGAGCCUGUCAGACACUCAUCUCCAUCGGGACCUUCAGCUGGGGCUCCGUCCGUUAGACUGCAAACACAGAAGACGUAUGUUUACAUGCUGAGUCCAGAUGCAUAAUCCAGUAUUUGUAGGAUUAAACACAUAUUGCGUCUCAGUCUUUCAGAUCAGAUGCACAAUGUAAAGGACAAAUGCAGUCUGGAUUUUACAUGCUGGACAAAACAAGCUCCAGUCGCAUUAUCAGGUCUAUUAGUUAUGAUUUCAGUCACUCUCUAGUAGUGUUUACAUGACGCUGAAAAGAUACAUUCGUGCUUGGGUAUUUUUAUAUUGCAUGCAAAAGCACUGAAUUUUACUGUACAGUUGAGUUUGGAUUCUUUUUCUGUCUCAUUUUCACUUCUUAAUUCUGCAGAACUGAGAUCUUAUAGGGGAAGUUCCUUGGAAAGAAAGUAAUUGUUAAAAGUGUUUUUGUCCUGAUAAACAACUGACAUUUUUAGAAUGUCAUCAACAUUUGAAUAUUAGUUAAUAGCAGCACCAGUGUAAUUUUGAAAGAAAAAUGAAAAAGUUUAGAAUUAAUUAUAAGAACAUCCGAAGUGAAAAACCCAUUUCUUUUUUGUUUUGUGAUUUAAAAGCUCAUGCAUUUAAUGGUAAAUUUGUGUGUAAAACACAGUUGUGUGAUACCCAUGUCAAAUUUGAUCAAGACUUACAAACAAUCAGUUUUCCAUCAAGGUGUAUUUAUUUCAGGAUGUUGCGUGUCUGGUUUUCUUUGUGUGCAUGAAUUAAGUUUGACAUGUUUUGAAUCAGUAUUUUUUGUAAUAUCAAUCAGUACUGUAAUGUCUCCUACAAUAUUCAAAUGAUCUGUUGCCUUUGUAUUUGACAUCAAAAUGAACUAGUGAAAUGAUACUGUACUGCACAUAUUUGUACUACAAAAUUAAAUAACUGAUUGUUACAUGAGACCUGUGACGCUCUUUGCUGACAUAAUCCAUAAUAGCGCUUCCUCCAGUGAAAAAAGUGGUCUGGUCUGAAUCAGGAGAGAAAUCUGCACAGAUCAAGCAUUGUUUUCAAGCCAGCCAAAACAAAUAUGUGGGUGGAUUUUGAUGUGAGAGACAACAGGAGAUUGCUGGAGGAAGCUUUAUUAUGGAUUAUGGAUUUAAGAAGUUAAGAAUGUCUUGAUGGAUUUGUUUUUUUUUUAAAACACAGAUUUUGGCUUCACAAGAUGUUAAUUGAUGGACUGAAGUGGUGUGGAUUACAUUGUGACGUUUUUAUCAGCUGUUUGGACUCUCAUUCUGAUGGCACCCAUGCAGUCACUGUUUCACCACCAAUCAGCAUAAUAUAAUUUAUUUGUGUUUUUGUGAAUACUGAUGUUCAGCUGUGGUUUGUGUAGACCAGCCUCAUUCCUCCAGUGAUGACGGAGAUGAAGUUUCUGCUGGUCUCUGUUAGAUUAGAGUAUCAGUGAAGGACAGAUGAUUCUGCAGCACUCAUCAGCUUUAAUCUCUCCUGUGUUAGGGGUGGAGACGUGUACAGGAAAGUACGUCUACACAACACUGUGACGUCACUGUAUCAUUAUCAUUUUCACAUAAAUCCUUACUCUUAAAGGUUUUUAAUAUUAGUAAAGCUGCUGUGUGUAGAAUACAAUAGAAUGAACUUACUGUGCCAUGAGAUUGUGUCAAGCGUCUGAAUCAUUGAGGAAGUGAGUUGGUUUCCGGAGAGAAAGGCUGCUCAACCAUCAGUCUAACUGAACGAACUUCAGCACACAAGAAAGAGGCAGUAGUUUCCAAAAUAUCACACAAAUAAAACCAGCUGAACCCUUCUGAAAAAGAAUAUGCAUUUGUAGUGUACUAAAAGAGAGACACUUUCAUGACACUUUUGAAAAGCACACUUUGUAGUAAUGUCAAAAAAAGUUAUGCUUAGAAGCACUUUUUAAAUCAUUAGUUUUAAUCUUUUGUUGUGCUUU